UCUUUCUCUCUGUCCCUCUUUUUCCCAAUUUCAAACUCUCUCAAUCUUUAGAGCUUUCUUGAUCUCUUUACAAGUUCAUUGUUUCAUUGUUUCCUUUAACGAACAAACCCAAAAGAUCUCAGAUUUGUUAGCAAACUAAGGAUUCUAUCAGUCAUGGCUUCUUCUCCUACCAAUAAAAAUUCCUCCUUUUCUCCUCCAAUCCCUAACAGACCAAACCCUAAACCGAGAAACUCAGAAUCCGGUGAUCCUUUACGCCGGAGCUUUGGUGGCAACCCUUUUCCGGCGAAUACAAAAGUCAAUGUCCCCUCAGAGUUUUCUCGGAGGAACUCUUUUGGUGGAGAAGACAAAGAGAACGAGACCAAGGCUGUUGUAACUCCGAAAGGUUCCAAGAACUUCAUGUCACCAACUAUUUCAGCGGUUUCUAAGAUCAAUCCAUCGCCAAGGAAGAGAGUGUUGUCUGAUAAAAACGAUAUGUCUCGGUCCUUCUCUGAUGUUAAAGGUCUUAUCUUGGAGGGGAACAAAAGAAAUCAUCACCGUGCUAAGUCAUGUGUUUCGUUUUCAGAUGUCAUACAAAACAUUUGUAUUGAUGAAAAGAAGGAUUUUGAGGAAUCACAUGACUUGACUGUGACUGAUUUUGAUGAGAAGGAAGUUUAUGAGAAGGAAGGGAUUACAUAUUCUGAUCCAAGAUUCAGGAUCAGUCCUCGUCCUUCUGUUCCAUACACAUCUCCUGAAUUUGCAGCUCGUGAAGUCGAUACAUUGUUGCCUCCUUAUGAUCCGAAGAAGAAUUAUUUGUCGCCAAGGCCUCAGUUCCUUCAUUAUAAGCCGAAUCCAAGAAUGGAGAAGCGUUUUGAUGAGUGCAAGCAGCUUGAGGAACUUUUCAUCUCUGAAAGCUCUUCUUCAGACACUGAAUUGUCUGUAGAAGAAUCUGAUACAUGUGAGGAACAAGUGAAGUAUGGAGCUGAGGCAGUAGUGGAAAGUGAAACCGAAGAUGUGGAGCAAUUGGAAGCAGAGAGUGAUGAAGAAAUGGUUUGUGAGAGCGUUGAAGAAACAAGUCAAGUGCCAAAACAGUCUGGUUUCAGGAAAUUCAAGUUCCUUGGUUGGUUUUUGGCUUUGGCCAUCACGUAUCUGUUGAUUGCAGGGACAUUUUCUCCACCAAUGAUAUCAACAUUCGACGAGUUCCAUAUCCCGAAAGAAAUCACAGAGUUUGCAAAAGCUAAUAACUUGGACAAGCUGAGUGAAAAGCUCUUGACUUUGACAGAAACAUCACUUGUGUUCAUGGAUAAGCUGGUCUCACGUCUUGGAGGAUGGAAUGAGGAAUUUGGUCAACUGCAAUUUCAUAACUUGACAUAUACUAUGGCGGAUAAUACUGUUUUCCAGCCAACAAGUGUUGAAAUCACUGAAGAACCACUACAAGAGAAGAGCAAAGUUGAAACUAAUCUUGAAGAUGUCUAUGAAGAGGAUGGUUCUGUCAAUGCAUCUGAGCUGGAGAGUGGAGGAGAUGAAAAGUCAGAUGACGAUGCAGAAGUUAGUGAAUCUGAUGAACAGGCUGAGAAGAGAUGGAACUCAGAUGUAGAGGUGAAUAAAGUUUUCGACGAUGUCUUAGAGUGGAACAUUGAAGAACAAAGAGAGUCUGAGGUGAGUCCUGAAGAAAAGAUUGAAACAGGAUCAUCCGUAAAGUCCCAAGAGAGUCCUGAAGAAAAGAUUGAAACAGGAUCAUCCGUAAAGUCCCAAGAGAAGCUGGAAGAAGCUAAAUCCGAAGCUAUCUACACUAACCAGCAUGUUGAAUCUGUUGCCAUCAAUCUCCACCAGCAAAAUGAGAGUGAGAUACUUACUAGUGAAAGUAGUGUAUCAGGGGAAGGUUUUGGAGAAACUGAAUCCAAAAUUGAUGAUGUUCUUAUUCAUCUUGAAGUAAGUUCUUCUAACAAAGCUGAUAAUGAUUUAGCCAAAGCUGAUACUGAAAGUGGACCAGAAGAAGCUUUUGGGGAGACUACAGUAGAAUCUAGUGAUGAUCUUCAUCCUAAAGUAAGGUCUUCUAACAAAACUAACAAUGUCAAGGCUAUGAUAGUAUUGUCCUCGACGACUAUGCUGGUUCUACUCGCAGCAGUAGCCUACAUAUUCGUUAAGAAGGUAAAACCUAUGACUGCAUUUGCUCCCAAACCAGUAGCUGAGACCAUCAACAAGGAUGUAUUAGUAGAGAAUCUGAUGAAAGAAAAGCUUUCUUCACUGAACUUCAAGGCGGAAGAAGUUGAUGACAGAAUGAGCAACAGUUUCCACAAAGAACCUCAAAGCGAAAAAGACAAUAAGAAGAACAACAACAGUAGCAGCAGAAGCAAGUUGAGGAGAGAAUCAAUGGCAUCUUCAGCAUCAGAAUACUCUGUUGGCUCCUUUUCUUACGGAAGUUUCACAACAUACGAGAAAAUACCCAUCAAAAGUGGUGAUAGAGAAGCAGAGAUGAUUACACCAGUGAGACGCUCAAGUAGGAUCAGGAACAAACCAUCAGGGUUAUGAUAAAAGAGACAAACUUUUCAUUUUCAUUCGUUGCACCACUCAGCAAUCUUUAGUUUCUUAUUGAAUUAGAAUGAACUGUUCCCACUUCUAUAGAUCUCCUGAUUUGUACCAAACUUGAUUCAGUCUUGAAUUGAUCCAAUCUAAUGUUCUCUUGUUUGUUGAAA